GAAAGAGAGAUGACAGAAGAAGAGAAGAUCGAUGCGUGGCUUCCAAUCACAUCUAGUCGGACGGCGAAGUGGUGGUACUCCACCUUCCACAAUGUGACCGCCAUGGUCGGUGCCGGCGUCCUUAGCCUCCCUUAUGCAAUGUCCAACAUGGGAUGGGGACCGGGUAGCGUAGUCAUGGUAAUGUCAUGGGUCAUAACUCUGUACACACUGUGGCAAAUGGUAGAGAUGCAUGAGAUGAUUCCGGGCAAACGGUUGGACCGGUACCACGAAUUAGGGCAAGCGGCCUUCGGUGAGAAACUUGGGCUCUACAUUGUGUUGCCUCAACAAAUAGUGGUGGAAGUUAGCACUUGCAUCAUCUACAUGGUCACCGGUGGCAAAUCAUUGCAGAAGUUCCACAACACCGUUUGUCCAGACUGCAAGAACAUCAGACUCACCUACUUCAUCAUGAUGUUUGGCUGUGUCCAAUUCGUCCUCUCAUUUCUACCCAACUUCAACUCCAUCUCCGGCAUCUCCCUUGCAGCCGCCGUCAUGUCCCUAGUGUACUCGACGAUCGUAUGGACGGCGUCUCUAGCGAAGGGGGCGUCAGAGAACGUCUCGUACGGUUUGAGGGGGAAGAACACAUCGGAGAAUACUUUUAACUUUUUUAAUGCAUUAGGGGACAUGGCGUUCGCUUUUGCUGGCCACAACGUUGUGCUGGAGAUUCAGGCGACCAUCCCGUCCACGCCCGAGAAGCCCUCCAAGAAGCCCAUGUGGAAGGGGGUCGCUGUAGCCUAUUUCGUGGUCUUCAUAUGUUACUUUCCGGUUGCCUUUUUCGGGUACUAUGUAUUUGGAGACAAAGUCGACGACAACAUUUUGAUGACCCUCGAGAAGCCUGCGUGGCUCAUUGCAUCUGCCAAUAUGUUUGUUUUCAUUCAUGUUGUCGGAGGCUAUCAGAUAUAUGCCAUGCCAGUGUUUGACAUGAUGGAGACUUUCUUGGUGAAGCAAAUGAAGUUUAAGCCUUCGGAUGUGUUACGCUUCACAACUCGUACGCUAUUUGUUGGCCUAACAAUGUUCAUAGGCAUGACAGUCCCCUUCUUUGGUGGUUUGCUUGGAUUCUUUGGUGGAUUUGCUUUGGCCCCAACAACGUACUUUCUUCCUUGCAUCAUAUGGCUCAUUUUGAAAAAGCCCACAAAGUUUGGCUUCUCCUGGUGGCUUAAUUGGAUAUUCAUUGUUAUUGGAGUUUUACUGAUGAUUUUGGCACCAAUUGGAGGGUUGAGGAACAUUAUUCUAUCUGCCAAAACAUACAAGUUCUACCAAUGA